AGCCAACCCGCACAAGACAAGGAAGGAGCACACACUUGUCUCAAAAAAAGAAGAAGAGGAAGGAGCACACACCCCGACGCCACCGCAGCUCGAAGCCGGAGAAGAACCCUAGCCGCCUCCCUCCUCCCCUCUCCGGCGACGCAGGCAGGGUCUCGAUCGGGUCGCGCCGGCGAGGAUGAGGCCCGUGUUCGUGGGGAACCUGGACUACGACACCCGCCACUCGGAGCUCGACCGCCUCUUCUACCGCUACGGCAGGAUCGAGCGCAUCGACAUGAAGUCAGGGUUUGCUUUUGUCUACUUUGAGGAUGAGCGUGAUGGUGAUGAUGCCAUACGGGCUCUGGAUGGUUAUCCCUUUGGCCCUGGGAGACGCAGACUUUCAGUGGAGUGGUCCCGGGGCGACCGUGGAACCAGACGUGAUGACCGUGAUGGCUACAGUAAACCACCGGUGAAUACCAAGCCUACUAAGACACUGUUUGUCAUUAACUUUGACCCGAUCAACACAAGAGUCAGUGAUCUUGAAAGGCAUUUUGGUCAUUUUGGGAGGAUUUCAAAUGUUCGGAUAAGGAAGAACUUUGCUUUCGUGCAAUUUGAAACACAGGAAGAAGCCACAAAAGCCCUAGAUGCUACUCAUUUGACGAAGUUACUGGACAGAGUGAUUUCUGUUGAGUAUGCCUUCAGGGAUGAUAGUGAACCAGGUGACAAGUAUGACAGGCCAAGUAGAGGUGGUGGCUAUGGAAGGCAGGAUGACAGUUCAUAUCGCCGUUCUGUUAGCCCAAUGUACCGAAGGUCACGACCUAGUCCUGACUAUGGCCGUCCAGCAAGUCCUCAGUAUGGUGCAUAUGGCAGGAGCAGGAGUCCUGUUCGUGAUCGAUAUCGAAGCUGAUCUCCUGUCCAGCGCUCAAGAUCCCCAGCUCCCAACAGAAGAGGUUAUGACUGAUGGAUAGUUAUCUCGGUUUAUGGUAGCGAGGCGGUUUCCAUAUGCUGUUCUAGCUCUAGCAUUAGUAAACAAGAACCCUUCUGUACCCGUACCGAAUCUUAUCGUCUAGCUGACACCGUGUUAUAAGAAGUUGGACCUGUCCUUUGACAACUGCUUUGUCGUCUGUGUGUUAUAAGAAGUUAGACCUGCACUUUGACA